AUGGCCAGGUCAAAGGGGCGACUAUAUGCAUGCAUCGCACUGAUAGUGCUCUUCUGCGUCAUUGUCGUGUCUGUAUGCAUCAGUCAAUUUACGAGGCGUGGAUGUCCAAAAGAUUCCUUCUCUCAUGGUGCAGUCGCUGCAGACACUGGCACAUGUUCACAGAUUGGACGGGACAUGCUUCAAAAAGGGGGUUCAGCGGUAGAUGGCGCCAUUGCUGCGCUGGUCUGCACUUCUCUCCUGAACCCACAGAGUAUGAGCCUCGGGGGCGGAGCCAUUUUCACAGUGAUGGAUAGCGCUGGCAAAGUAAAAAUCAUCAACGCCAGAGAGCGUGUCCCUGGGAAGUAUAAUGCUGACACACUGAAGUCCUGUCCCAAUCCCCCCAGGUUCGUGGCAGUGGCUCCCUCUCCCACUGGUGUAUGGAUUGGAAUCCCAGGAGAACUCCGUGGUUAUGAAGAAGCACACAGGCUUUAUGGCAAGUUGCCAUGGGCAACACUCUUCCAGCCAAGCAUCAAGUUAGCCAGACAGGGGUUUCCAAUUCCAAAAAUCCUUGGUCAAUACCUGCCUCUGAUUCCUUCCAAUGAGUCGCAACCACUUCGUGAGCUGUUCUCCGAUGAAAAUGGAAACCUGCUGCAAACAGGAGACAUUGUAAAAUUUGAGAAGCUAGCCGACACAUUGGAAACCAUUGCAAAACGUGGAGCAGAUGUUUUCUACAUUGGAAAAAUCGCAGAAGAUUUAGUCCGAGACAUACAGGAGGCAGGAGGGGCAGUAACAUUGGAAGACUUGGCAUCCUACAGAACAACCGUUAGUGAUGCCUGGACUAUUCCUUUGGGAGAAUACCAGAUGUAUAGCGCUCCACCACCAGGAGGAGGCAACAUCCUUAAUUUCAUACUAAACAUCAUGAAAGGAUAUGACCUGAAACCGACAUCACUGAGAGGUGAACAAAAAUCACUGUUUUAUCACCGCUACAUAGAAGCACUCAAAUUUGCCAACGGAUUAAAGAAAUAUUCCAAUGAUCCUGUAUACAGUGCACCAGAAAUAUCGCUUAAUAUCACCAAGUACAGUUUCGCCGAUCACAUCCGCAGUUUAAUCAGCGACAAAAUGUCACAUGAGCCGCAGUAUUACGACAUGACACCCUUCCUGGAGAGUAUGGGCACCACACAUGUCUCAGUGCUGGCCCAGGAUGGAUCUGCUGUGUCUGUCACCAGCAGCAUCAACCACCUAUUUGGCUCAAGAGUCUUAUCGACCAGCACAGGAGUCAUCCUCAACAGUCAGCUGUGUGAUUUCUGUGAAAGAGUUGAUCGCUUAGUCGCAGGGGACCAGCCUCCUUCAUCCAUGGCUCCUACUGUGCUCAAGUCCAAGUCAAAGGUGCUGGUUAUUGGAUCCACAGGCGGUAGCAUGAUCACCACUGGAAUGGCUUCAGCAAUUAUGAACAACCUUUGGUUAGGAAAGAGCCUUAAGGAGGCAAUUGCUGCUCCAGUUCUUUAUGUCGAUUCUGAAAAUGCAGUGAAGUUUGAAUCCAACUUUGAUAAGGACGUAAUCGAGGAUCUGAAAACUCUAGGACAAAUUCAUAAACCUACUAGGAAGUUUUUCAAUGUUGUAAAUGCUGUGGAGAAGGAGGGUGGAUGCAUCAGUGCAGUGUCUGAUGCAAGGAAAAUGGGUAAAGCAGUUGGUUACUGA